AUAUAUAUAGAACAAGAAAUAGCUAGUGGGUAGAGCAUAGUUGUGAGAAAUAAGGAUGAGUAGCGUGCAUGCAGUGGUGUUUAUGUAUCCAUUACAGGGCCAUAUCAUCCCAACUUAUAACUUGGCCAAGAAACUGGCAUCCAAAGGCAUCCUUGUGACUGUGGUGUGCACCCAUGGCUGCUAUGCUCGCAUCAUCAAAGCUUAUAAGGGUCGUGACCCUUUUGCCCACAACGUUUACAGUAUGCGAUCGGCACUUGUGUCCGAUGGAUUGCCUCAGGACUUCGACAGAUCUCUCAAUCACCUUGAGUUUGAUAAUGCUCUCUUGAAUAAGAUGGAGUUCCACGUAGAGGAAUUGAUGGAGGAUCUGCAACGAAAAGGCCCUCCAAUCUCCUGCAUCAUCACCGACACGUUUUACGUUUGGCCGGAUCGCAUAGCCAAGAAAUUUGGAGUUCCACAUGUUUCUUUCUGGACAGAGUCGGUCAUGGUGUUUUCCAUAUAUUAUCACUGGGACCUCCUCAUCAAAAAUGGCCAUUAUCCCUUUACAGCAGACGAGAACGAGCUGAUAAACUACAUUCCUGGGGCUCCAGCUCUGAAAUUAACAGACCUUCCUUCAUAUCUGCAAGAGCGGGAUGUAUCAACGCUAGUGCACAAAAUCAUAUACCAAGCAUUUCGUUCUGCCCGCGCUGCAGAUUGGAUUCUUUCCAACACAAUCGAGGAUCUGGAGAACCAAACAAUUGAAGAGCUGCAAGUUCAGUCAGGAAUCCCAUUUUGUUCAGUGGGUCCGUUGCUUCAACCCAAAGGCGAGGUGGGGACAAGCAUGUGGGCCGAGUCUGACUGCAGGAGCUGGCUUGACAACAAGCCCAAGAACUCCGUUCUGUACAUCUCCUUCGGAAGUUAUGCCCAUGUUUCCAAACCCCAAAUUCAUGAAAUGGCCAUGGGAUUGUUACAUAGCAAGCGGCCCUUCAUUUGGGUUCUUCGUCCUGAUGUCGUUGCCUCUGAUGUGCAAGACUUGCUACCAGAUGGGUUUGUGGAAAAAAGUAAAGAUCAGGGUUUGGUUGUUGAGUGGGUGUCUCAGGUAGAUGUGUUGUCUCAUUCUUCAGUGGGUGGGUUUCUCACCCAUUGUGGUUGGAAUUCCAUCUUGGAAAGCCUCUGGUUGGGAGUUCCCAUGCUUGCAUUUCCUUUGCUUACAGACCAGUAUACAAACUGCAGGCUCAUUGUCCAGCAAUGGGGAGUGGCCAUGAGUCUGGGUCACAUUUCUAGGAGUUCCAACAACUUGAGGUCCACGCUGGUGCUUCGCCAAGAGAUUGCCCUCACAAUAAAAGAGUUUAUGAAUAUGGAUGGACAAGAGGGGAAAAGACUUAGGUGUAACAUUGGGAGUGUUAGAGAUGUUAUGAAGAAAGCAGUGAUGAAUGGAGGGUCAUCUCAAAACAAUUUGGAAGGCUUUAUAGAGUUUUUGAAAGGGAGAGAGCUGAGCCGGUUUGCUUUAGAGAGUGAAUUCCACACGGAGUGAUUUCUUUAUAGGAGAAGCCUGGUCAAGGGGUAGAGAGGUUUAUAAAAUAGAUAUUUAUAGAAAGAAGUAAAUUUAUUUAAAUAUAUUUUUAUUAAUGAGUUUUUAAAAUAAGGUUAUUUUUAUAUAAGGAAGGAGAAUAGUUGAUUGUUAGGUUUUUUUUCAAAUUUAAUUGUCACGUUAUAUCUUUAUCAUUUAAUGCACAAGUAUAUAUCUAUGAGAUUUUUAUUUUUUAUAUUUGAUUUUAAGAGGUUUUAUAAGGAAGGGAAAGUGAGAGGGAAAGGCAUGGAAUAUAAUAGAAUAUGAGAUGAAUGAGACGAAAUAAUAGAAAACAACAAGUAUAGGUAAUAGUAGAAAUAAGAUAGUUGAGAGAAAAUACAGGAUGAUGUAUGAAA